CGACAAGCAGCACGCGGUAGCGCCUGUGAAUUCACUCCAGAUGGCUCGGAGAGGUCCUUCGGCCCCAUCGUUGGGUCCAAGAUGGGCCAAUAUCAGGCCAGAACUCUCUCCCUGGAUACUGGACGUUGUGGAAGAGUUGGGAUUUGAGAGGACAACACCAGUCCAGUCUGGAGUCAUACCCAGGGCGAUGAAGAACCAGGACUGUGUGGUAGAGGCUGUGACUGGGUCAGGCAAGACGCUUGCAUUCGUGAUCCCCGUUCUGGAAAGGAUAUUCCGACGUGAAGAGCCGUACAAAAAAGGUCAAGUCGCAGCGAUCGUCAUCGCGCCGACCAGGGAACUUGCUCAACAGAUAUUUGAAGUCUUUCACCAUUUCAUAUCUGCUUUCCAUCGUCGACAAUCAUCGCCCUCUCCCGAAGCUUCAUCUUCCAGCUCACCGUCACCACACGAUCUCUCCCUGCCAAUACUGGUCACGUCAGGCUCCACGAAUCUCUACGAGACGUUCCUCAGCCAAUCUUCGAACAUUCUCAUCGGGACUCCUGGUCGACUCUCCUCCUUCCUCUUAUCCCCUCGUGGAUCAUCGGUGGCUCGCGUUUCGGAUCUCGACACACUCAUACUCGACGAAGCGGAUCGGUUGCUGUCCUCUCCAGACCACAGGAAAGAUUUCGAAAAGAUCAUGAGUCACUUGCCAAAGCAGAGGAGGACACACCUUUUUUCAGCGACCAUGACGGAUGCAGUCGAGGAAAUGGUCGGUAUUGGACUCAGAAACCCUGUCAAGAUCGUCGUCAAUAUGAGAGAAAAGACGAGUGGUCAAGAAGCAAUCGAAAGACGUCUGCCAACAACACUUCAGAACAAGUACCUGGUCUGCCGGCAGGCGGAGAAGACGUUGCAGUUGAUCAGGCUGCUGCUGUCUGAAUCCCACCACAAUCAGGCUGCCAAAUUCAUCAUCUACUUCUCGACCGGAGCCGCCGUGGAUUACUUCUACAGGAUUCUCUCCCGACUGCGAGCCCUGAAGGCCUUCACAUUCGCUUCAUUACACGGAGAUCUCAUUCCACGUAUACGGGAGAAAGCGAUGGAAGGCUACAUCACACACGCAUCCUCCAGUCUCGCCCCUUCAGUCCUGCUGUGUACAGACGUCGCUGCACGCGGUGUAGACUUUGAAGAUGUGGACGUGGUGCUUCAAUUCGACGCACCAACAGAUCCCAAAACUUUCAGUCAUCGAGCGGGGAGAACGGCUCGUGCAGGACGAAAGGGAAAGGCCGUCAUUCUUCUUGGACAAGGAAGAGAAGAAGACUAUAUCGAAUUCCUGCGAGUACGAAAGAUUCCUCUCAAUCGACAUCCUUACUUGGACUCUGAGCUCGCUGAAACCGAGGAUCCGCCGAAACUGGACGAAGGCGCCAUUGCGCUUCGAGAUGAGAUUCGCAAGAUUGUGCUCACCGAUAGAGAGAUGGCGGACAAGGCUGCCAAGGCAUACGUAUCGUCGCUGCGUGCAUAUACAAAACACGAAGCCUCGUUCGUCUUUCGACUGCCUGAACUCGAUCUUGGAGGUAUGGCGACUGCGUUUGGGCUACUGAGGCUUCCUGCUAUGCCUGAAGUGAGGGAUUGGAAGCAGAGAAUCAAGUCAAAGAAGGUAGAAGCAGAUGGUGCAGUGCAAGAAGAGACGUCGUGGGAAGAUGCCGAUGUGAAUUGGGACGCAUUUGCGUACACUUCAAAGCAACGCGAAGCAGCUCGGCAGAUGGCACUAUUGGAAAAAGCCCAAACCCUUAAGGAGCGGAACGAAGAACGGGAGGAGAAAAAACGGAAAGCUCAAGCGGAGAUGAGAGCACCGUGGUCCGAGCAAAAGGAAAAGAGGGCAAAGAAGGAGAUUCGGAUGGAAAAGAGGGACAAAGUGAAAGCCGAAGAGUGGGAGAGGCAUUUGGCUGAGGGAGGUGAAGACAUUGGACCCGUCGAAGCGUUCAAGCGGGCGAGCAAGAAGAACGAGGGCGGUGGGGAGGAAGAUGCUGUAGAAUAUCAGAGUCUGAAGAAGGAGUUGAAAGCGGAGAAGCAGGCGAGGAAGGCUAGAGUCAAUGACGAGGGUGGCGGCGGGAUGUUUGACGACUUGGAUUAG